AUAUAUACACGCAUGGGUCCUUUGCCAGGGCCUGCGUAUCAUCAUUCUUCGGCACUGACAUACAUUACAUCCCCAUGGCAAUGGACGAAGAAAUGCCGGAAGAUGCGUUGACGGAGAUUCUAUCUCGACUCCCUGUGAAAUCCCUUCUUCGAUUCAAAUCAAUCUCGAAACACUGGUACUCUCUCAUCCAAAGCCCUUGCUUCAUCUCCCUCCACCACAAUCGCUCCCCGAAAAACGAAUCCCUCCUAGUCCUACGAUCAGUCAAAACCACUUCCGCAUUCGCCCCUAUUACAUUAGCCCUGUCCGUGGUCUCCAACAAAACCCCAGUCCUCGAUCUAGACCUACCUUUCGGCGGUCAACCCGCUAGUUGGCUCAACCUCUUCGGCUCUUCCAACGGCAUUGUUUGUCUUUUCAAUUCCUCCACCAAAAUCAUGAUGUUAUGCAACCCCGCAAUGAGAGAAUUUAAAGUACUCCCGCAACCCCCUUUUCAUACAAGGUACACUAGCCAUCUACGGUUUGCUUUUGAUCCCAAAACCAAUGAUUAUAAAGUGCUUAGAGUUGUCGCAAGCUAUGACCCCAUGGCAUUUACUUUUACGCUUUGUGUUGGAAGAGUUCAAAUCUACCACAUGAGUACUGACACCUGGAGAGAAAUCGUCGCUGUGGUGCCGGAAGAGAUACUACAAUGUUCUCAGCGUUGGUGUUGGAGUUCCGCAUCGUUGAAUGGGGUGUUUUAUUGGGUGGCUAAUUGCCAGGGUGAAAUUAUUGCUUUCCACAUGUCAGAUGAAUUGUUCGAACGAGUAUUUUUACCCGAGGAUAUUAGGACUAACCCUUGGUCUAGCCUUAGCAUUCUGGGGGACUCCCUUGCCCUUGUUACUGUGGAGUUUGGAAGGAUGGAAUCGUGCCUUGAAAUAUGGGUAAGGGAUGGAAACGGAGUUAAGGAUCCUUGGAACAAAAAGUACAGCAUUGGACCCAUUGUAGGACUUUAUGAUGCAUUAGGAUUUCGGCACACUGGCGAGGUUCUUCUUCGGAGAGACAAUGAUUGGAAGAUGGUGUCUUACAACCUUGAUUCACAUACCUUAAACGAGUAUCAUGAAGAAUACGAUGAUCUAAAAUUAGUCCAUCGGUGUCCAGUUCUUUCCUACACAGCGAGCUUAGUUUCAGUCAAGAGACCUGUUUGAUGAGACAUGAUUUUUUAAUUUUAAAUGUGGUUUUUUAUUUACUUUAGGAUACGUGUUUACACAUGGCUAAAAAGAGGGGGAAGGAAUUAACUUGCUCUUGAACAGAUUUAGGACAUACAAACUUCUAAAAAGGAAGAGGAAGGACAUUAAACUGGACAUACUAUGUACUUGUGACCACUCC